UAAUAUCAACGUGUGUUUGGGCCAUGACAAUCUGAACACAGCGGUCACCAGGCGUCCACGUCAAUUAACCUCAGGUGUUCAGCGGGUUGCCUCACGGUGCCAAGUUCCGACAAUAUUUAGGGCAUUUCCUUCUUGACGAAAAAAUCACGAACUUUAAGAUGUUUCACGGGCUUCUCAUUUACGCAUGCGCGCUUUGGAUGACUACUGGUAAAGUGUACGCGGGCGGCAACUGGGUAACCCUCUGUGAUGACAAGCCGAUUGAUGACAGAAGAGGCAGUCUCACUUACGACUUUGCAGAUAAUGACCACGGUAUCAUCAAUAUUGACCAAGGAGACUGCAAGUCCUCUUGCAAAUACCGCUGUACUGACGUGUGGGAGGGAUGUAAGGCGUACGAUUACAAGCCCAGAGAGGCUAUGUGUUAUUGCUUCGGGUACACGCACCACGUGGAGUUACACAGUGAUCCUGGCUUCUAUCACGUGCGCUGCUGGCCUAGGAAACGUACAGGGAUUCCGGGGAAUAGCCAAUGAAAUAACAGUAAAGCUUAGCCCACGUGGAACUCUACCUUAUGUCACGUGCGCUGCUGGCCUAGGAAACGUACAGGGAUUCCGGGGAAUAGCCAAUGAAAUAACAGUAAAGCUUAGCCCACGUGGAACUCUACCUUAUGUCACGUGCGCUGCUGGCCUAGGAAACGUACAGGGAUUCCGGGGAAUAGCCAAUGAAAUAACAGUAAAGCUUAGCCCACGUGGAACUCUACCUUAUGUCACGUGCGCUGCUGGCCUAGGAAACGUACAGGGAUUCCGGGGAAUAGCCAAUGAAAUAACAGUAAAGCUUAGCCCACGUGGAACUCUACCUUAUGUCACGUGCGCUGCUGGCCUAGGAAACGUACAGGGAUUCCGGGGAAUAGCCAAUGAAAUAACAGUAAAGCUUAGCCCACGUGGAACUCUACCUUAUGUCACGUGCGCUGCUGGCCUAGGAAACGUACAGGGAUUCCGGGGAAUAGCCAAUGAAAUAACAGUAAAGCUUAGCCCACGUGGAACUCUACCUUAUGUCACGUGCGCUGCUGGCCUAGGAAACGUACAGGGAUUCCGGGGAAUAGCCAAUGAAAUAACAGUAAAGCUUAGCCCACGUGGAACUCUACCUUAUGUCACGUGCGCUGCUGGCCUAGGAAACGUACAGGGAUUCCGGGGAAUAGCCAAUGAAAUAUCAGUAAAUUUUAGCCCACGUGGAACUCUACCUUAUGUCACGUGCGCUGUUGGCCUAGGAAACGUACAGGGAUUCAAGGGAAUAGCCAAUGAAAUAUCAGUAAAUUUUAGCCCACGUGCAACUCUACCUUAAUGUCACGUGCGCUGUUGGCCUAGUAAACGUGCAGGGAUUCAAGGGUAUAGCCAAAGAAAUAUAAUAAAUGUUUAAUUCACGUGGAGAUCCAGCUUCUAUCACGUUCGCUGUUGGCCUAAGAAACAUUCAGGGAUUCCAGGGCAUAGCCAAUAAAAUAUUCGAAAAGAAAA